AUGACGCUCUACAUUUUCAUUUCAGGGUAUGCCGAUAUAAGGCUUGUAAACGGCAUUUCUAUCUGUGCUGGAAGAGUUGAAGUGUAUCAAGGUUAUCAGUGGAAAACAAUCUGUGAUGAUUCAUGGGAUAUCAGUGAAGGAAACAUCGUGUGCAAGGCACUGAGCUGUGGAACGGCUGUUCUAACCAACAAAAAUGCAUACUUUGGACAAGGAUCAGGAAGUAUCUGGCAGGGCAGCUUCCGAUGCUCUGGAAUGGAAACAUCUUUAUCAGAUUGCAGAUCACUGACUCUGAGUUUCUGUGACCAUUCUCAUGAUGCUGGUGUUAUCUGUUCAGGAGCAGGAAUACAGCUGAAAUUGAUUAAUUCUGUUAAAAUCAAUGAUCCCUGCCUUGGAACAGUUGCGGUGUCUGUUAGUAACAGCUGGGGAACCAUUUGUGAUAACUCCUGGGACGAGAAAGAUGCUGACGUUGUUUGCAAGCAGCUCAAUUGUGGAUCUGCAACAGCAGCAAAAUAUAAAGCUUACUUUGGAUCAGGCAGUGGAACUAUUUAUCUGAGUAAUCUUAAAUGCUCUGGUACAGAGACUUCGAUCUUUCAGUGUUCAACUGACCUGUGGGGGAAGUCUUCAUGCCAGCAUUCAAAUGAUGCUGGUGUCAUCUGUUCUGGAGCGACAUUGCCACUAAGGUUGGCUGACGGGGACACUAUGAAGUGCUCAGGAAGAUUGGAGGUAUCAGUCAAUUCUCAAUGGGGAACAAUUUGCGAUAGUUCCUGGGAUAUGAGAGAUGCAAAUGUUAUCUGUAACCAGCUGAAGUGUGGUGGUGCACUGUUAGCAAAUACUAAUGCAUACUUUGGACCAGGAACAGGAUACAGCUGGAUAAACAAUAUUAUUUGCAGUGGUAAAGAGAAAGACAUAUUUCAGUGCUCCACUGAUAAAUGGCUUCAAAACAGCUGCUUACAUUCAAGGGAUGCAAGUGUGAUGUGCACCAAGUCUGCACUCCAUGUAAGACUGGCAAAUGGUUCAAAUCAUUGCAGUGGAACUGUUCAAGUUUACAUAAAUGAUCAAUGGGGAACAAUCUGUGAUGACCACUGGGACAUGAAUGAUGCUGAUGUCAUUUGCAGACAAAUGAGUUGUGGAAAUGCUUCUCAAGCAACAAUUAAAUCACAGUUCGGUCAAGGGAAUGGGGCAGUCUGGUUAAGCCACCUUGAUUGUACCGGCAAGGAAACAUCUAUAUUUCAAUGUAAAGGUGACCCAUGGGCAAAAAAUACUUGUAGUCAUUCAAGGGACAGUGGCGUCAUUUGUACAGUAUCAAGUUCGAGUCUACAGCUGCGACUGGUCGGUGGUUUCUCCCGCUGUGCUGGAAGAUUAGAAGUAUCAGCAGGCAGUGCCUGGGGGACAGUUUGUGAUUAUUCCUGGGAUUUGCCUGCUGCUAAUGUUGUUUGUCAGCAGUUUGGAUGUGGAAAAGCAAUACUACCAUCUGUUAAUGGAUAUUUUGGAAAAGGUAAUGGCAGUGUUAAUCUGUAUGCUCCUGGAUGUAACGGCACCGAAGCAUCCCUAGAUAAGUGCCCUAACAGCUACUGGGGUCAGUAUGUCUGUGAUCAUCAGCAGGAUGCAGGAGUAAUUUGUGAAAGUAAGGACUAUUUUAUCAAGUCUUCAUUCUGCAUUACAGCUUAUUUACAGUAA